UGCAAGCGGUUCUGCGGACUGAACUUUCAUCAGUGAAUGUCGCGCUCCGUCAGCUGUCGUUUAAAAAGGUUGGGUUGGAGAUCCCUAAAAGGGGGAUCUGCAGAGUGUAGGAGAUUUUGUAGUGGUAGUGAUUUGAGUACUAUCAUUACUUCGUGUGCCUUUAUUACUGGUUAUAUUUUGUUAUUGUAAGUGGGUUUAAUUAGCUAUUUUAUUUUAUUACAAUGUACCGGUAUCUUGGUGAGGUGCUCCUGUCUCGUAGCGGGGCUGUCCUGGCCUCGACAGCUGUGGAGUCUGGCCUUCCAGUUACAGGGUCCCUUCUUCGCCUGCGCCACUACAGCGAGGUUGCCAGCGCUGAGGAUGACCCCAACUUCUUCAAGAUGGUGGAGGGUUUCUUUGAUCGCGGUGCCUCAAUUGUAGAGGACAAAUUGGUGGAAGAUUUAAAGACCAAAGAGACAGACCAGCAGAAAAGGUUGCGGGUGCGCGGCAUCUUGGGAAUUAUCAAGCCCUGUAACCACGUCUUAAGUGUUUGCUUCCCUAUCAAGAGAGACAAUGGCGAGUGGGAAGUUAUUGAGGGCUACCGAGCUCAACAUAGUCAGCACAGAACGCCCUGCAAAGGGGGAAUCCGUUACAGUAUGGAGGUUUCUACUGAUGAGGUGAAAGCACUGGCUUCAUUAAUGACGUACAAGUGUGCAGUGGUGGAUGUACCGUUUGGUGGUGCUAAAGCAGGUGUGAAAAUCAAUCCAAAAAACUAUACUGAUAAUGAACUUGAGAAGAUCACAAGAAGAUUUACAAUUGAGCUGGCUAAGAAAGGUUUCAUUGGUCCUGGCAUUGAUGUACCUGCACCUGAUAUGAGCACUGGUGAAAGGGAAAUGUCCUGGAUUGCUGACACGUAUGCCAACACAAUGGGACAUUAUGAUAUCAAUGCACAUGCUUGCGUAACUGGUAAACCCAUCAGCCAGGGUGGUAUCCAUGGAAGAAUUUCUGCCACUGGUCGAGGUGUUUUCCAUGGGAUUGAAAAUUUCAUUAAUGAAGCCUCCUAUAUGAGUGUACUUGGAAUGACACCAGGGUUUGGAGACAAGACAUUUGUCAUUCAGGGAUUUGGUAAUGUUGGCCUGCACUCCAUGAGGUAUCUUCACCGUUAUGGUGCCAGAUGCAUUGGUGUUGGUGAAGUGGAUGGCAAUAUCUGGAACCCUAGUGGUAUUGACCCUAAAGAACUAGAGGACUAUAAACUGCAACAUGGUACAAUUGUUGGCUUUCCCAAAGCUGAGCCGUAUGAGGGUAGCAUCCUGGAGGCUGAGUGUGACAUCCUGAUUCCUGCUGCCAGCGAGAAGCAGUUAACCAAGGCUAAUGCACACAAAAUCAAAGCUAAGAUUGUAGCAGAAGGUGCUAAUGGACCCACAACACCAGAGGCAGACAAAACCUUCCUUGAGAGAAACAUAAUGGUCAUUCCUGAUUUGUAUUUGAAUGCUGGUGGUGUAACAGUGUCUUACUUUGAGUGGCUGAAAAACCUGAAUCAUGUCAGCUAUGGCAGACUUACAUUUAAGUAUGAAAGAGAUUCCAACUAUCACCUUCUCAUGUCCGUCCAAGAAAGUUUGGAAAGGAAGUUUGGAAAACAUGGUGGAACGAUACCUAUUGUUCCAACAGCAGAGUUCCAGGACAGAAUAGCUGGUGCUUCUGAGAAGGAUAUUGUUCAUUCUGGCCUUGCAUAUACCAUGGAACGUUCGGCUAGGCAAAUAAUGCGAACUGCCAUGAAAUACAACCUUGGUUUGGAUUUGAGAACAGCUGCCUAUGUCAAUGCUAUUGAAAAAGUCUUCAAGGUCUACAAUGAAGCUGGUCUGACAUUUACGUAAAACAGCCCCUGUCCACAUCUUGCAUAUUUCUUAACUGCCAGCCCAGAAGCACCUAUAACAUAUAACCGGUUUACAUUUAACAGUAGAACAUAUUUUCCUCUUAUUCAUAUUAAUAAAAAUGAAAUGCCGUCCUAAGUAGUUAAGGAGAGCUAGUCCUAAAAUGAAAACAUAAGCAUUAGUAUAGCACGCAUUAAAACGUCUAGACAGAAAAGUUGUAUGUCUUACUCUACUGGUGCCAUUUCUUUGCAUUUACAGUGAUUUGAUUGGAUUGAAGUUACCAAGUCUGUCUACACUGUACCCAAAUAUAAGUCAGUCUUACCUCCUACCCUUUGUUACACCACCAAAAUGUUAUGUUAUUGAGAGCAGGGAGACAACUGUCAUUUUAUUAUUCAUUGCACUUUAUUACCGAUGCUGUUUAGCUGCUGAUUUUUGUAAGUGUAAAGCAAUCCCUGUCUUAACAAGAAGCAUCAACUCAGUUCUGUCAACUUUUACCUAAAUCCUGUUCUCUGUAUGUCUGUGGUGCUGUUUUACAGCUAUGUUUAAUUUUCAGGCAUACAUUUUCCUCAGUCAGUAUCAAUAUUAAUAUCUCCCUGGAUAAAUUGCUUUGUAGUAUGUUCUUACCCAAUGUCACGUGAAGUGUAUGUUAUUUGUGUAGAACUUCUCUGUAAGCUGGUAUCAUUGUUUUUGUUUUGUUCCAACAAAACAAAUCAUGAUUUUUCUCAUGUCAGUUUCUUUGUAUGAUACUAUCUGAAAUGAGUAGGGGAAGACUGUGCAUGACCAGCUUUAUUGUUGGAUUUAAGAAAGUGUAUUUUGUGGGGGAAGCGAGUGAACUAAUUUUGUGAUACAUGGAUAGAAUAUGAAUAUAUUAAGUUUCCAAAAUGUUCUAAUAUAACUGGAUCUUUGUCUUUAUUUGUAGUCAAGUUAUAUGAAUAAUUUUGCUCAGAAAAACCCAAUCCAUUGUUUUCUUUCUUUUGUAAUCUAAUUGCUACCCAAGAAAACACAGUGGAACAGAUGGGUCAUCAUCUUUUGCAUCCCUGUACUUAGACACUGACAAAAUUAGUAUAAUUACAUGCAACAAAAGAUGUUUGAAAAGUUAGACCACUCUGUUUAAGCAUGUUAUAUUUUUUCAAAAUGUCCAGUAUAAGACCCUAUGAAGUGCCAGAUGUAACUUGCAUCAUAAAAAUGAAAUUUUUUUAAAGAAAAAAAUAUGUUCUUUUUCUAUAUCAUUUGUAAUUGCAUGAUGGCAAGAGACUGGAUAUAAAAUUUUGGAUAUUUUUA